UGAAAAACGUACUUCCGGAGUAAACAUCUCAAUUUACAUUCGUUCAUAGAAGUAAAAGAUGGACGAGUUGCAAAAGCUUGAGUAUUUGUCUCUGGUCUCUAAAGUUUGUACAGAACUUGAGAACCAUUUGGGACUAAAUGACAAGGACUUAGCUGAAUUUAUCAUACAUCUCGCAGAAAAGAAUGAUACUUAUGAGAAGUUUAAAAAAGCUUUGGAUGAAAAUGGUGCUGAGUUUGCGGAUUCAUUGGUUGCAAAUCUGCUCAGAUUGAUUCAGAAAAUGAAACCAAAACCACAGAAAGAAGCCAAGAAAGAAAUAGAGACUGACAAAGAAAGUGUCCAGAGUGAUGUGGAGAUCAAAAAGAAGUUAUUCCCAGGGUUAGCUCUGGCAAACGACCCCAAAACCAGGAACAUGUUACUGGAUGAAGAUGAGGAAAAACCAAUCAAAACAGAGAGGACAGAAGAUAUUAAGCCAAUCAAGACAGAGGUUACAGAUGUUGAUGUGGCAGGUGAUAUGAUGAAUGAACUAGAAGCACUAAUGAAUGCUCCAGCACCAAAAGAAAAAAAUAAUAGGGAAAAGGAUAGAAGGAGAGAUCGAAGUCGCAGCAGGGAGCGAGAUAGAAGGAGAAGAAGAAGCAGGUCUAGAGAUAGAUCGAGGUCAAGAAGUCACGAUAGAGACAGACGAAGAAAUAGGUCAAGGUCACGAGACAGAGAUAAAAGACGACGAGAUCAAAGAUCUCGAAGCCGUGAGAGAGACAAAAAGAAAUGGAGACAAAGGGACAGAGAAGAGCUCCCUAUAGACCCUGAACCAGGAAGGAUAUACAAUGGGAGAGUCAACACCAUUAUGCAGUUUGGCUGCUUUGUUCAGUUAGAGGGUCUGAGAAAGAAAUGGGAGGGAUUGGUUCAUAUAUCGCAGCUAAGGAGAGAAGGGAGGGUCACAAAUGUAAGUGACGUGGUGCAGAGAGGUCAAAAAGUCAAGGUCAAAGUCUUGUCAUUCAGUGGCCAGAAAACAAGUUUAUCUUUAAAGGAUGUUGAUCAGGAAACUGGAGAAGACUUAAACCCAUCAAAGACCAAGACUCUGGUAGGUGGAGAAAUCCACAACAAUCAAGUGGAGGCCAGGAACCCAGAUCGACCCUCCACAAUGCCACUAGUGGAACACAUCCCAGAAAUCGAUGACAGCAGUGAAAAGAAGCGAUAUCAGAGAAUGUCAUCGCCGGAGAGAUUUGAGAUCCAACAGAUGAUUGCUGCAAACGUCAUUGAUAAAUCAGAGCUGCCAGAUUUCGAUGAGGAGAUGGGAGUGCUUGUGAAAGACGACGACUCAGAUGAGGAUAUAGAAAUAGAACUGAAGGAAGAGGAGGCGCCAUUCCUGACUGGACAUGGAAGAGGAGGUCUAGAUCUUAGCCCUGUUAAAAUCGUCAAGAAUCCUGAUGGCUCUCUGUCACAAGCUGCCAUGAUGCAGAACGCCCUACAGAAGGAGAGGCGAGAACUGAAGCAGGCUCAGAGAGAGGCUCAGAUGGACGCUGUGCCGUCAGGUCUAAAUAAAGACUGGAUCGAUCCCAUGCCAGAGGAUGGUGACAGAAGGCUAGCCUCUCAGAUGAGGGGUGUGGGGAUGGCCCCGGCUGAUUUACCAGAGUGGAAGAAACACAUCUCAGGGGGUCAGAAGGCCUCUUAUGGAAAGAAGGAAAAGAAAUCACUUCUGGAACAGCGGCAGAGUCUGCCAAUAUAUAAACUCAAAGACGAACUAGUCAAGGCUGUGACAGACAACCAGGUAUUGAUUGUCAUUGGUGAGACAGGAUCAGGAAAGACAACUCAGAUCACACAGUAUCUUGCAGAGGCAGGGUAUACAACAUCAGGGAAGAUAGGCUGUACUCAGCCUAGACGAGUGGCCGCUAUGUCGGUUGCCAAACGAGUCUCGGAGGAAUUUGGUUGUCGACUGGGACAAGAGGUUGGCUACACAAUUCGUUUUGAGGAUUGUACGAGUCCUGAGACUAAGAUCAAAUACAUGACAGAUGGUAUGAUGCUGAGAGAAUGUCUGAUAGACGGCGAUUUAACUCAGUACAGUAUCAUCAUGUUAGACGAGGCUCACGAGCGAACUAUACACACAGAUGUGUUGUUUGGUUUACUGAAGGCGGCCGUACAGAAGAGACCAGAACUGAAGCUCAUCGUAACCUCUGCCACUCUGGAUGCCGUCAAAUUCUCACAGUACUUCUUUGAAGCGCCUAUUUUCACAAUCCCAGGAAGAACGUACCCUGUGGAGGUUCUGUAUACUAAAGAAGCGGAGUCCGACUAUCUGGACGCCUCAAUGAUAACGGUUAUGCAGAUUCACCUGAUGGAACCACCAGGAGAUAUCCUGCUGUUUUUGACGGGUCAGGAGGAGAUCGACACCGCCUGUGAGACCCUGUACGAGCGGAUGAAAGCCCUGGGCCCCGAGGUCCCAGAGCUAAUUAUCCUCCCCGUGUACAGUGCCCUCCCCAGUGAAAUGCAGACCAGGAUAUUUGAACCCACUGCCCCAGGAUCUAGAAAGGUUGUCAUAGCUACUAACAUUGCUGAAACUUCCCUAACUAUUGAUGGCAUUUAUUAUGUGGUGGAUCCAGGAUUUGUCAAACAAAAAGUUUACAACUCUAAGACAGGAAUGGACCAGCUUAUCGUCACACCUAUCUCACAGGCUCAGGCCAAACAGAGAGCCGGUCGAGCAGGAAGAACAGGCCCAGGAAAGUGUUAUCGUUUAUACACAGAGCGCGCCUACAGAGACGAGAUGUUGCCAACAAAUGUUCCUGAGAUUCAGAGAACAAACUUAGCCAGCACCGUGCUGUCCCUGAAGGCCAUGGGGAUCAAUGACCUACUGUCCUUUGAUUUUAUGGAUGCUCCUCCCAUGCAGACCCUUAUAUCCGCCAUGGAGCAGCUUCAUGCCCUGAGUGCUCUAGACGACGAAGGUCUUCUGACAAGACUUGGGAGAAGGAUGGCUGAGUUUCCUCUGGAGCCCAUGUUGUCUAAGAUGUUGAUUAUGUCAGUCCACCUCGCCUGUAGUGACGAAAUUCUCACUGUUGUCUCCAUGUUGUCCAUUCAAAAUGUCUUCUAUAGACCAAAGGAUAAGCAGGACUUGGCUGACCAGAAGAAAGCUAAAUUCCACCAGCCCGAGGGGGACCAUCUGACACUGCUAGCGGUGUACAACUCCUGGAAAAACAACAAGUUCUCCAGUCCAUGGUGCUAUGAAAACUUUGUACAAAUCCGCACUCUCAAGAGGGCUCAGGAUGUCCGCAAACAGAUGUUGGGCAUCAUGGACAGACAUAAGUUAGACGUGGUCAGUUGUGGGAAGAAUACUGCUCGGGUUCAGAAGGCCAUUUGCAGUGGAUUUUUCCGUAAUGCAGCAAAGAAAGACCCCCAGGAGGGAUAUAGGACUCUAGUGGACAGUCAGGUGGUGUACAUACACCCCUCAAGUGCCCUGUUCAACAGACAACCAGACUGGGUGAUUUACCAUGAACUUGUGCUGACAACCAAAGAAUACAUGAGAGAAGUAACAGCCAUUGAUCCAAAAUGGCUCGUGGAAUUUGCACCCAAAUUUUUCCGCUUCAGUGACCCAACAAAACUCAGUAAGCAGAAGAAACAACAGAAGAUUGAGCCAUUGUACAACAAAUAUGAAGAUCCAAAUUCCUGGAGAAUCUCAAGAGCUUUCAAGAAAGUCCACACAAAAGUUACAUUCUAAAUUUAUAUCAACAAUCUGUUUCUUUUUGGAACCUUUGUUACUUGAGAGAAAGUGCUUGUCUUACAGUGUAUAGAUAACAUUGAGGAUUAUUUUAAUGUCUCAAAAUUUUAAAUAUUUUAAAAAUCAUGCCCAUUUGUAUUAAUAUACUUUAAUGUCUACAAAAAAGGAAAUAAAAUUGAAGAAAGAUAGUGUUCUUUUAUUGUGACUUGUUGUGAUCUCAGUGCAUUGAAAAAAAAACAUUCUACAGAUUCAUCAGUAUUUUUAUUCUCUUUAAAGAAGUGGACAGGCCUUUCGUCUACAUCCACAUGGAUGAAGGUGAAAGCCUGUCCACUUUUCUAAGAGAAUACAGUACUUUUUAGUGGAUAUGUUUUCUACCUGUAAUUUGUGUUCAUCUCUUAUUUUGUGACAACCACCUGUAAAUUAUGCUUUUAUCACUUUCUUUGCAUAAAAUUACUAAUAUUAUCUGCAACUAAAGGUAUGUCUUGAAGGCUAAGAGAGGAAUUUUAAUGUCACUUUGGAAUUUUGUUAUAGACAUUGAUCUUGAGGGUAUUGCAUAUGCAUAUAUCAUUUUAUAUGGAUUGAAUCAUGUACAUAUGUAAAUGUAAUGAAAUAAAUGUGAUGUUAAAAAGAA